AUGUUUACAGCAAGUAUCAGUUAUUACGCAGCCAUGCAACAAGAUGAUGCCAACGAAACACAAUCCAUGCCGAUCGUCGCAGCUAUUCAAAGCUCUUUUAUUGCUUAUAAUCAUUUGCUGCUAUUCCCAAUGGCUUUAAUGGCUUUUUCGUUGAACAUAUCCGGCUUACACUAUUGGCCACUUCUCUCAAAUAAAGAUUCUGGAAAAGGUGUCACCCAUUUUGCUUAUGGAAAGAAUCUAGCCAAGGUAAAGAGUGAAAGUUUGGGCUGA